GCUAAACCAUAGUUUGAAUUUAACCAUUCUAGCUAACAAAAAACAUACUCAACAAUUAUGAAAUUCUUCAUUGUCUUGGUUGCCGCCUUGGCUUUGGCUGCUCCCGCCUGGGGUAAGACCUUCACUCGUUGCUCGUUGGCACGUGAAAUGUACGCCUUGGGAGUACCCAAAUCUGAAUUGCCCCAAUGGACUUGCAUUGCUGAACACGAAUCGUCCUAUCGCACCGAUGUCAUUGGACCCACCAACUCGAAUGGCUCCAACGAUUACGGUAUCUUCCAAAUCAACAACUACUACUGGUGUCAACCAUCCAACGGCCGUUUCUCCUACAACGAAUGCCACUUGUCCUGUGAUGCCUUGUUGACCGACAACAUCUCCAACUCGGUGACCUGUGCCCGCAAGAUUAAGUCCCAACAAGGAUGGACUGCCUGGUCCACCUGGAAGUACUGCAGCGGCAGCUUGCCAAGCAUUAAUGAUUGUUUCUAAAUUGGUUUCAUUUUUCUAAAUAUUUGUAAAAUAAAUAUUUGAAAGUGAAUUGAAAAAAA